AUGAGUGUGUUUGGUAAACCUGUAGAUAUUCCUGUUAUUGAUGUACAUAAUGAUAAUAUAAAAGAAAUAUGGCCAUCAUUAUGUUUAGCUGUCAAGUCAGCAACAUUUAUUGGUGUAGACACUGAAUUAAGUGGACUAGGUGAUAGAAAGGUUCUGAAUGCUAAGAGUAUAGAAGAUAGGUAUAGAGGAUUAACAGCUGUAGCUAAAACUAGAUCCAUUUUAUCAUUGGGAUUAUCCUGUUUUAAACUAAUCCCUAAUCCAGAUGGUACCAGUGAGUCCAAAUGGUCUUAUCAUAUUCAGACAUUUAAUAUCAUAGUGUUAUGUAGUGAAGACUAUAUAGUGGAACCAGCCUCUUUGAAGUUCUUAGUAGAUCAUAGUUUCGAUUUUAAUAAACAAUAUUCAACUGGAGUUCCUUAUUAUAGAGGUGCUGAUAGAGGUAAAUCUGCAGUCAUACCACCCAGUGUAAGAGGUUUAUUUAGUAUAAUAGUACAUCAACAGAUUCCACUAGUUAUUCAUAAUGGAUUAGUGGACUUAGUGUUUCUUUAUCAUAAUUUUUACACUGAGUUACCAGUGAAACUGGCAUCAUUUAUAGCUGAUUUGAGUGAGAUGUUUCCACAUGGUAUAUAUGAUACUAAAUAUAUCACAGACUUUAUAGAGAGAAUGGAGGCCUCUUAUCUAGAGUAUGUCUUUAUUCAAUGUCAAAGAGAAAAUCAGGAAUAUCUGAAGAAUAGUAAUAGAGAAGUUUAUUUUAAAUUUCCUACCUACCCUGAUAGUUAUACAUCAGUAGGAUAUCAUAGAUGUGGUUACAGUAAUAAAACAUGGUUAGAAUCAGAUAUAGAGAAAAUCAGACCUAAUAUAUGUCUAUGUUUUGCUGCCCAUGGUUGGUGCAAUAAACCAAGAGUAUGUACUUUAAUACACGAUGUGGAACUAACCAUUAGUAUUGGCUACCUCCUGACAGCAAAACAAAGACGUAAUAGAAAACGUCAAAGAAACAGAAAAUUAGAAACUAAAGACAAUGGAGAUGCCAAAUCAAAUGAUGGAGAAUCACAUAAAAUAGAAGACCUAUUACAGAAUAAAACAUCUGCAGACAAAACAAACAUUUCAGCUGCUAGAAGUGGUUGUCAUAGAGCUGGUUUUGAUGCGUUUAUGACGGCUUCUAUUUUAUCAGUGUUUAUAGCAAAGCAUAACUCCAGUACAGCUUUUGAAAAAGAUCCCACAAAUGUCAAAAUGAGUGAUUUAAAUUUGGGUAACUUUAAAAAUAAGGUGUAUUUAUCAGGAAAAGACAUUCCAUUAGUUAUCACCAAAAGUGCUUUUUCUAAAUGUUCAACGUAUCAUAAAGAUAAAAUAGGUAAACUCAAAUAUUGUGGUAUUUGA